UGUAAUUCAGGUGGACAUGGUUUUUAAUAAUUACAGAACCUUUCAUACCAAGCAUUUUAAUUUUCAGGAAUGCGAGGAGUUUACCUAUAAGUUUGCAGAGGAAAUUAGAAAACUGUACUUUGGUGCAGUGACACCAGGUUAUGAUUUCAUGACAAGACUUAGGGCAGGUAUAGAGUCUUUUCUUCCUUCUAAUGCUCAUGAGAUAGCAGAGAAUCGUCUCUAUGUAUCAAUCACCAACACUAAAAAUGGAAAAAAUUAUUUGGUUUCAAAUUUUGCCUCCAGGGAGGAUCUCAUUAAGGUCCUCCUAGCCAGCAGUUUUGUGCCAGUGUAUGCAGGAAUUAAAGCAGUGGAAUAUAAAGGAGAGAAAUGGAUUGAUGGUGGCCUUACCAACGGCCUCCCUAUUCUGCCUGUGGGACGAACAGUCACUGUUUCUCCUUUCAGUGGUCGAUUAGAUAUCUGUCCACAAGACAAAGGACAUGUAGAUCUCUAUAUAAAAGUUGCAAAGCAAGACUUAAUGUUGUCUGUGGCCAACCUGGUAAGGCUUAAUCAAGCUUUAUUCCCACCAAGUCAGAAGACGAUGGAAUCACUGUACCAAAAUGGAUUUGAUGAUGCUGUACAUUUUCUACUAAAGGAAAACUGGUUUGAAUAGAUGAUGUGCAUGGAAAAUUAACAAUGUCUGAUAGCUGUCAAAACAAAGUACAUGUGUCACGCAGAACCCAAGAUAUUGCUGCCAUGGUUUUUGUUUAUUAAAAUACAAAUGCCAGAGGUAUUGCAUCAGUCAAAAAAAUAUACAGGUGCUUUGGCUGAAAUUUGUCAGCAUGUCAAAAUGGAAAACAGUACUUACAUGGUAAAAGGAUCUGCUGUUUCAAAUAGGUGUAAUAGUAAAAUCUAUUAAAAUUAAAAGAAGGUUGUUAUUUACAGACUAGAGUAUUCCUUCAUGAAAUACUGAAAAUAUGAUUGCUGACAUCAAUCAUAUAUGAGACACUCAUUCAGGUUAUGUCCUGAAAAUUUGCACUGUAUCUAGUUCUCUUAAGCUUUGAAUAGUUGUGUACUUUCUCUGUUAAUCUUAUUUUUGUGCACAGUAAUUGACUGGUUGUAAUACUUCAAGCAUGAACUCUAAUUACAAAGAGAUUGUGAGAAACAAAACAAUUUAAUUGAAUUUCUUUAAUUAUAAUACAUGUAUUUUUUUCACCAUUAGAAAUUUUUAUCCUUUAAAUCAGUUCCAGGACUUUUAAAAUCCUGAAAUACCCAUCUGUUUCAAAAUUGAAGAACUUUUUUCUGUAAAAUGUUGGAAAGAAGAUUGCACCAGAUAUAAUUAAUUUUAUUUAUGCAGUGGUUCUCUGUCUACUAAAUUUUAAUAAACUAAUUUAUGUUU